AUGGCCACGGGACAGCUAUUUUCACGCAACACGCAAGCCUUGUUCUACAACUACAAGCAGCUUCCGAUUCAGCGGAUGCUUGAUUUUGAUUUCCUCUGUGGUCGAGAAACUCCYUCUGUUGCUGGUAUCAUUAAUCCAGGUUCCGAGGGAUUCCAAAAGCUAUUUUUUGGUCAGGAGGAAAUCGCCAUCCCUGUCCAUGCUGCCAUUGAGGCGGCAUGCGCUGCGCAUCCCACAGCGGAUGUAUUCAUCAACUUCGCAUCGUUUAGAAGUGCUGCUGCUUCGUCCAUGGCUGCUUUGAAGCAGCCAACUAUUAAGGUGGUAGCCAUAAUAGCAGAAGGUGUUCCAGAGUCAGACACUAAACAGUUGAUUGCUUACGCUCGUGCUAACAAUAAGGUUAUUAUUGGACCAGCUACUGUUGGAGGUAUUCAAGCUGGAGCCUUUAAAAUUGGUGAUACUGCUGGAACAAUUGACAAUAUCAUCCAGUGCAAGUUGUACAGGCCCGGAUCUGUUGGCUUUGUCUCGAAAUCUGGUGGCAUGUCUAAUGAAAUGUACAAUACCAUUGCUCGUGUGACAGAUGGGAUCUAUGAAGGCAUUGCUAUUGGUGGGGAUGUGUUCCCUGGCUCCACUUUAUCUGACCACAUUCUGCGGUUUAACAACAUCCCACAGAUUAAGAUGGUGGUUGUACUUGGAGAGCUUGGAGGAAGAGAUGAAUAUUCUCUAGUUGAAGCUUUGAAACAAGGAAAAGUCACCAAACCAGUGGUUGCUUGGGUCAGUGGGACUUGUGCACGUCUGUUCAAGUCCGAAGUACAAUUUGGUCAUGCAGGAGCCAAAAGUGGGGGAGAGAUGGAGUCUGCACAAGCCAAGAAUCAAGCGCUCCAAGAUGCAGGAGCUAUUGUACCCACUUCAUUCGAAGCCCUAGAAUCUGCAAUCAAGGAAACUUUUGACACAUUGGUUGAAGAAGGAAAGGUCUCUCCUAUCAAGGAAGUCACUCCUCCACAAAUCCCCGAAGAUCUCAGCUCUGCAAUUAAGAGUGGGAAAGUCCGGGCUCCUACUCACAUCAUCUCCACCAUCUCUGAUGACAGAGGGGAUGAACCAUGCUAUGCUGGUGUGCCAAUGUCUUCCAUCAUUGAACAAGGUUAUGGUAUGGGAGAUGUCAUUUCUCUCCUAUGGUUCAAACGCAGUCUUCCCCGUUAUUGUACCAAGUUCAUUGAGAUAUGCAUCAUGUUGUGUGCUGACCAUGGUCCAUGCGUCUCGGGAGCUCACAACACCAUCGUAACAGCAAGAGCAGGAAAAGACCUUGUCUCAAGUCUUGUAUCAGGUCUAUUAACAAUUGGUCCUAGAUUUGGUGGUGCCAUUGAUGACGCAGCACGAUACUUCAAGGACGCUUGUGACAGGAGUCUCACGCCUUACGAAUUUGUGGAAGGCAUGAAGAAGAAGGGAAUCCGUGUCCCUGGGAUUGGUCACAGGAUCAAGAGUAGUGACAACAGAGACAAAAGAGUGGAACUGCUUCAGAAAUUCGCACGGUCUAACUUCCCUUCAGUGAAGUACAUGGAAUAUGCAGUCCAAGUAGAGACAUACACACUCUCGAAAGCCAAUAACCUCGUACUCAAUGUAGAUGGAGCCAUUGGAUCUCUGUUCUUGGACCUUCUCGCUGGAAGUGGGAUGUUCACUAAGCAAGAGAUUGACGAGAUCGUCCAGAUCGGUUAUCUGAAUGGCCUCUUCGUCCUCGCUCGAUCCAUCGGUUUAAUCGGGCACACAUUCGACCAGAAGAGAUUGAAGCAGCCACUGUACAGACACCCAUGGGAAGAUGUCCUGUACACCAAGAAUGCCAUGUCGGAAAAGCUUUAUGGGUACACUGCUACAGAAGUAGUUGGGCAAAACCCAAUUAAUGUUAUGGUAGAUGAUGAGGAUGCUGCCUUUGCGAUGAAUGUUGCUCAACGUUGCGUCAAUGGAGAGAGCUGGACUGGCGUGUUUCCUAUCAAGAGCAAAUCAGGGAAGAAAAUUUCAACAGUCACUACGUGUUCCCCCUUCUAUGAUGAUGAUGGUUCUCUGGUUGGGAUCAUUUCUAUCACAAGUUACACAUCAGCGUAUAUGAACCCGAGAACCUCUUUGGAUAAAUUAAAGGCAGAAGAAGAAGGUGAAACGAGCUCUAUCCCUGCAAGGACUAGUUUUGCCUCUAAACUUGGUUUGGACUCCAAAGGAACUGUUAUAUCGAAACUUGGCCUCAACUCUGACCAGCCUAUACAAGUUGCUAUAGCAUCAAAGAUAUCAGAUCUGGCAUCCAAGGUGAGCAACAAGGUCAGGUCGAAAAUGCGAGCAGGUGAUAGUAGUGUCACACUCUCUGAGGGUGGCAGUGGGGAUAGUCAUCAUGGUGUCUUCGGUGCUACUCUCACUGACCACAGGGGCGAUGCAGCAUCAAGUGGUGCCAGCGCAUCAGGAGGGGAUGUUAUACACGCUCCAUUUGGUGUAUUCACAUAUAACGAUGAGAAGUUUCCUUCGAAGCGCAUCAAAGAUUCCAGUGAUGAGAUUGAUGGAAGGUCUACAAUCCGUAAGGGUCUCACCUCAAAAGCAGAAGAAUGGAUGGUAAAGAAAGGUAUGCCAUGGUCAUGGAAAGGGAAUGAACAGGAACGUUCAAAAGGAAGGCCUACACAUUCUGGUUUUAAGUCUGAAAGCCAUGCCUCUGAAAGUAAUAACGAGGAUUCUAGUCUGUGGUCUUCUUCUAUAAAUGCGGACAGCACAAACAGCGGAAGUACCAGCAGCAGUGUUAUUAACAAGGUUGAUACAGAUAGUGAUUGCUUGGAAUAUGAAAUUUUAUGGGAUGAUUUGACGAUCGGAGAACAAAUUGGACAAGGCUCAUGUGGAACUGUCUAUCAUGGUCUGUGGUUUGGAUCUGAUGUAGCUGUAAAAGUGUUCUCCAAACAAGAGUAUUCAGAAGAUGUCAUGCAAUCUUUUAGACAAGAGGUAUUGUUAAUGAAAAGACUUAGACAUCCAAACGUUCUGCUGUUUAUGGGAGCUGUGACUUCGCCUCAGCGUCUCUGUAUAGUUUCAGAGUUCCUUCCACGUGGAAGUCUCUUCCGUCUACUGCAGAGAAGUUCGUCAAAACUGGAUUGGAGACGGCGUAUCCAGAUGGCCUUGGACAUUGCUCGCGGUAUGAAUUAUCUUCACCGUUGUAGUCCACCCAUCAUCCAUCGUGAUCUGAAGUCGUCAAAUUUGCUGGUAGAUAAGAACUGGACCGUUAAGGUAGCUGACUUUGGUCUUUCACGUAUCAAGCACGAGACAUACCUAACCACCAAGUCCGGAAAGGGAACGCCUCAAUGGAUGGCUCCAGAAGUUCUUCGAAAUGAGUCUGCCGAUGAGAAGUCUGACAUUUACAGCUUUGGUGUGGUACUAUGGGAGCUUGCGACAGAGAAGAUCCCAUGGGGAACUCUAAACUGUAUGCAGGUGAUCGGAGCGGUGGGGUUCAUGAACCAGAGGUUGGAAAUUCCAAAGGACAUUGAUCCUUGUUGGAUCUCAUUAGUAGAGAGCUGUUGGCACAGUUCUCCUUGA